UUCUUCUACCCAUCUUCUUUCCUUCCUUUCUCGUCCUUCCUUCCCUUUUUCUUCUUAUUCUUCAUCUUGAGCAUCAUGGCUAGGUCAAUCUCAAAUUUGCUAUUCAAGGGUAUCUCAUAUUCAGGCCUCCCAGCUUCUCGUUCUUCCACAAUUGCUCCUGGGUUGCUUAAUCUCAAUGGAAUGCGAUUCUCCACCUCUGCGCCGAAUGAUCCCGACACACAUGAUGACUUUAAACCCAAAUCUAAGAUUUCCGGUUCCGGCCUUAGCUUGAAGGACAUUGUUGAACAGGAUGUCAAGGAUAACCCCGUAAUGCUUUACAUGAAAGGAGUGCCUAAUGCUCCUCAAUGUGGAUUCAGCUCACUUGCAGUGAGAGUAUUAUCAUUAUACCAUGUUCCUAUGAGUGCUAGAAAUAUCUUGGAAGAUCCUGAGCUGAAAAAUGCUGUGAAAGCCUUUAGCUACUGGCCAACAUUUCCGCAAAUUUUCAUCAAGGGGGAGUUUAUUGGAGGGUCAGAUAUUAUUCUCAAUAUGCAUCAGAAUGGUGAGCUGAAGGAAAAGCUCAAGGAUAUUGCAGCCAAUCAAGAAAAGUUGGAAUAAGAAGAUGAAGACCUGUAUCAAAUUACAGUUGGUUUAAUUUUUUUUUUCUUUUGAAAGUGAAAGUUAUCAUAAAAUCCAUGGAAUCAAUAAAACCGAAAAUUUGUUAUACAACAAUAACAUGUCGCAUAUGAUAUGUUCAUGUUGCAUGCAAAGCAAGUAGUAUUGUGUGGGAUUGGUUCUGAUAGAUUAGCAGGCUUAAGAUCUAUUUCAUUGGAGAUUAGAACCUGUCUAAAUACUAUUGUUCAAACUCAAAUCUCUAAAAC